AUGGCUGUCAAACAACGCAGUGGAAUCGCUGUUGGUCUCAACAAAGGCCAUAAAACCACCCCUCGCGAAUCGUCACGCAUAUCACGCACCAAAGGACACUUGAGCAAGCGUACCGCGUUCGUAAGAGAGAUCGUUAAGGAGGUGUCUGGACUAGCACCGUAUGAGCGUCGUGUGAUCGAAUUACUCCGCAACAGCAAGGACAAGCGUGCCCGCAAGCUAGCGAAGAAGCGACUCGGGACGUUUGGACGUGCGAAGCGAAAGGUUGAUGAGUUGCAAGGUGUCAUUGCCGAGUCAAGAAGGGCUGGACAUUAG